UCAUGAGCUCCUCGAUCUCAGAUCUAUUUUUCUUUCACUUCAUCUCUUUGAUUCUUCAUCAUCUUGCUUCGAUCGCUUCACUUUUCUUUUGUUUUCUUCUCCGAUUCUCCGUUUAAUCGGAUCCGGAUUUGGUUAUCGUCUUCAUCGUUUCUUCGCUCUUCCACUACGAUCAUCUCUCCUUGAUUUGAAGAUCCGAUGUCGUUUGGAUCACAUUCGUCUCACCUUCCGUCUGAUGAUCCAGCUGGAUUUCACCGUUCGUCGGAUUCUUCUCGUCCAUCUUUCGAUCAAUAUAACAAUCCCUACUAUUUGCAUCAUCAUGAUCAUGCCGGACUUCAGUUGGUGACUGAUCGUCUUACCUCCGGUGCCGAUUUCCAUGCUUGGCGACGCUCCGUUCAGAUGGCUCUGAACGUUCGCAACAAACUUGGUUUCGUCACUGGUACGGUACCUAAACCUUCUCCUGAUCAUCCUGAUGCUGGAUCUUGGUCUCGUUGCAACGAUAUGGUCGCUACUUGGUUAUUGAAUUCUGUUAGUAAGAAGAUUGGGCAGAGUUUGUUGUUUAUCUCUACUGCUGAGGGCAUUUGGAAGAGUCUUUUGAGUCGUUUCAAACAGGAUGAUGCUCCUCGCGUUUUUGAGAUUGAACAACGUAUUAGCUCGAUUCAACAAGGUUCUAUGGAUGUUAGCUCUUACUAUACAGAAUUGAUCACUCUUUGGGAAGAAUACAAGAAUUAUGUGGAAUUGCCAUUGUGCACUUGUGGAAAAUGUGAGUGUGGUAUUGCUGUUUUGUGGGAACGUUUACAGGAGAGAAGCAAGGUCACUAAGUUUCUAAUGGGUCUCAAUGAUAGCUAUGAGCAGACUCGUCGUCAUAUUCUCAUGCUCAAGCCGUUACCUAACAUGGAAGAUGCUUUCAACAUUGUGGCUCAAGACGAACGUCAGAAGACUAUUAAACCUGCUAUCUCUACUGAUCCUGCUAUCUUUUAUGCUCAGUCUCAAGAGAAUGUGCCACCUGAGUUCAUUGCCGCUUACAAUGCCUUUCGUUCUAAACGACCUCUAUGCACUCACUGUGGUUUGUUGGGGCACACUGUUAACAAGUGUUACCAAAUCUAUGGUUAUCCCCCUGGUUAUCGUGCUCCUUCUAACUCUGGCUAUCGUCCUCCUUCGGGUCCUAGGCCUAAUGUUCCACAAGCUCCUUCUUCUGGAAUGCGACCUCUGCAACAGAAGAAUUAUCAAUCUCCUCGUCCUGUUCAAUCUCAGCACCAGAAUCAGCAGUAUUAUCCUCCUAAUGGUUCUAAGGAUCCUCUGGUUGCUCAAAUCGCAACAGAUUCUUCUGCUACUGAUGGUUCUCAGCCGACUUCUGGUGCUGCUUCUUACUCUCAGGAAGGUCAACACAUGUUAAAUCAGAUCACAUCUCAACUCGGUUCUCAACAGCUUUCAGCUCCUGUUCCAGCCUCAGUCACAUCUCAUGGUGUUAUGUCCUCUCUUUCCUCUGCUGGACCUUUCUCAGGCCUUGACGAUUGGUAGAGGUAGAGUUCUUCAUCGGCUUUACAUUCUUGAACUUGAUAUCUUGGCUAGUUCUUCGCAUAUUGCUGCUUCUUUCUUUUCUACUGAAGAUUUGUGGCAUCAUCGUCUCGGUCAUCCCUCCUUUGAAGUUCUUCGUGGCUUGUCUGAUGCUUUAUCGCUUUCAAAACCUGUUUUCAAUAAAGAUGCUCCCUGCUUAAUUUGUCCUUUAGCAAAGUAGAAACGAUUGCCUUUUGUUUCUCACAAUAACAUGACUGCUGAACCUUUUGAUUUGAUCCAUUUGGAUACUUGGGGUCCCUUUGCUCAUGAAUCAAGAGAUGGUUUUCGU